AUCAAUCAGAGGAUGGCGCUGAAAACUAGCAUGGAUUCAUAUGUUGCUGAAUUGUCUGAGCUGAAAGUGGCUGUGUUUGGCAACACUAGUAGAGCUACUGUAGCACCCAACGCACUAGCUGCAGCGACUCCCUCGGUGGCCUUCUCGUCCAAGCUGAGCUACAACCGAGAGCUGAAGCCCCUGGACACCGUCAUCUUCGAUACUAUUCUCACCAACGACGGCAACGCUUAUGACCCUGACACUGGAAAGUUCACAGCGGUGACCCCUGGCACGUAUUUCUUCCACUCGACAAUCCUGUCCGGCUACAACACAAAAGUGGAGACAGCCAUUAUUGUCAACGACAAGGAAAUUGCCCGGAUUUACUCUGGCGCGCAUGACGCUCACGGAAGCGGAAGUAACAUGGCCAUCGUGAACCUGCGCACUGGCGACUCCGUGUGGGUCCGUCUGCUGUACCAGGGCGGAAACCACGUGCAUGGAUACUACAGCACGUUCUCUGGGGCUUUGCUGAGGUCAUCCGAACCUUGA